AUGACCUCCGAGAUAUGCAUUGUGGUGAUCACAGACGGCGUGAUCAGCGUGCCCAAUAGCCAGCAGCUGGAGCUGCUUCUCGGCAGUCUCCGGGGUGGCACGGUGGCCUGCUCCUUCUUGCAUCUUGGUGGCGGCUACCACGCCCAGAGCAGCCUUGGAUAUGUGCCUUAUGACGAUCUGAUGCGCUUCAUUGCGCGAGCCACCUUCGGUGCCUACCUCAACAGCAGCAGCCUGGUCGGACCGGAUGAAGUCGAAGGGUCGACGGGCACGGAGAACAUCUUCCACAGGGCACUGCUCUUCUGGAGUUUUCAGGAGGAAUUCAUCAAUCAGCGACUAGAGCUGGCCAAAGAUGCUGGAAUGCAGUACAAGCUGCUGGCUUCCAAGGGCAACACUGCGUUUGAGCUGAACCCAGGUAGCGCGCCGCAGCUGCGCAAGAAAAGCUCUGAUGGCAGCCUCAACACGUCGCUGUCGAGCGUCCUCUCCUGCAAGCUCCGUGAAGGCUACGCCCUGCGAAGCAUCUCCACCGCCAAAGGAGAACUGGAAAUCAAGCUGGUGCUUCCGUGGAAGUUCGAUGUUAAUAUUGAGUAUGUCGUCAUGGUUCCGUGGCAGUCUUCAAGCAAGAAUCGGGAUUCGCCGGGGAGCGGCUCGCAGCCCAAGCAGCGGGCUGGGUGCAAGUUCGAGGUGUGCGUGGAGGCCAGCUACGACUUCCUUCACGACGUCACAUGCGAGUACUUCAAGCCCAACAAGACUCGUAGCCCCUUUCGCCUCAUGGUGGCCCAGCAGUACUGGAAUGCACUCAAGAACAUCUCGAGCACGGACCAGCUUCUGGUGCACCUUCACUCGUUCAACCAGAACCCGGUGUAUUACUCGGUGCCCGAGAGCUUCCGCAAUGGUGUUCCAGUCUUUGUGAUGCCUCCCAACGCCUCUGGACAUCCGGUCCUCUCCUCCAA